AAAUCCCAGAUCAAAUUAAUGAUAUAUCCCUUGUUUUCAUCCCCAACAUUUCGCACAAAGUUGAAGUGAAGCCUGAUCAUAGAGAAAUUCUUUUUUCCGCGCCCCCCCUCUCGGGAGGUGAGCAAGUCAGGGAUCAGCGUCUCCGAGUGGCUUGCGGGGUAGUUAACAAUCUUGUGAAAGGCUUCCAAAACGCCGCUAUCGCUUCUAGUAAGAGAGGCGUCUACGAUCGUUGACAAUGCCUCUCGACGAGGAAGGGGCUAAAUGGUCAUGUGAACCAUGCAUUCGAGGGCAUCGGUCAUCAAAAUGCCAGCAUUUCGAUAGGCUUAUGAUGAAAGUACCUAAAGCUGGCCGGCCACUUGCAAAGUGCCCUCACCCCAAGGGUACGUGCAGUUGUCAGAAGGUCUAUGCGUUCAUGGUCAGAAUUCCAAAAGGCUCAACGUGCCUAUGUCGACCCCUGUAUCGCGUCCCUAUGACUGGACAGCCAUCUGGGAAGGUGUCGCCAAAGUCUAGCCCACCACUGUCAGUGGCCUCAUCUUCUACUACGUCACAGCCAAAUAGGGUGCAAAAGCGCACGAGGCGACAGAACAGCAUCCAGUCGCAAUCCGAUGUUAUAGCCAAUGGGCUAACAGCUCUUGCUGAGGACUCUGAAAAGCCCAAUUUAGAAAAUGUGAAGCCCAUUACUCCAUACACUAAUAUGCGUUCCCCAAUAGCUCCUUUGCAAUGCCAUGUACCCACUAUCCCCUCAGAAGCUUAUCAUCAGAGCUUGGCAGCGCCGAGGAUCAAUAAAUUACAGAUGGCACUACCUGUUCAGGUGCCUAGUCCAUACAACACCUCGCCAUCCAACUUUGCACAAGGAAGCAGUCCUACACAUGCUCUGACAUCACCUACUCCCCUCUGUCCGGCUCCUUGCUGUGAGAGGGUAACGAAGUCCGAGGGAACCUCUGUCAAUGCAGGUUCCACCUUUGUACACACUUCGCCGCAGGAAACGCGCCUAUAUACCUUUUCUGGACCCGAUCCUUCUUCUAUAUUUCGACGAUCGUCUGGGGCCCCAAAGGUCGAGUCCUCCGGAAGCUUGAUGCAUCACAAUUCAAACGCGUCACUAGUAUCUAUGGACCAAUUUUCCGCUCCCUUCUCGUUAGCUAAUCCUCCUUACCGCAACUCAUACCCCUCUCAGAGCCAUAUAGGAAGCGUUCAUUUCGCUCAAGGUGUUCCAUCCAGCCCGGCUAAUCCCUUUCCUCAUAAUUACUUUGGAUUCGAAAGCCAGCCCGAACAUAACUGCGGCUGUGGGGAUGGUUGCCAAUGCCUGGGGUGUGCCUCCCAUCCAUUCAACGACACUACCCGCCAACAUAUUCAGGAGAUGGGAUACUUGAUGACACUUCAAAGCAAUGAGGAAGGCGACAACCGACCUACUUCGUCUUACGGUAGAAAUGAUUUUUCGACGCAUCUGGAGGCAUAUAAUCCACCACAGCAUCCUUCGGGACAAAGCAAUAUACCGGGGAGUUUCACCGGUGAUUUUAUGAGCCAGUCUAUCCAACCGCUCGCCAAUGAGGCUUCCCUACCGACCCACGGGAUAUACAGCCAGCAAAACUACGAGCCAUUAAUGCAACCAGGGGCAUAUUACACCUUAGAAUACCCAGUGGGUCUAUCAGAUUUUGCUCCUUGCACGAAUAUCAUGGGCACUUGUCAAUGUGGAAUCAAUUGCAAAUGUAUCGGCUGUCUUACCCAUGAUGGCCACAAUGGGGUCUCUUUAGAACCAUCUCCACCGCCAGAUCGACCAAGUGGGAAUGUAACGUCGACUACGGACAAGCCAGUACCUCAAACGCAACACAGGAUGGAGCUACAACCGGAGUCCUUCGGCCUCAAUCAUCUCAAAACAGAGCCGACGAUCAUGGAUUAGCGCCGUUUCGUCCGAACUGAGAGUCAGCCCUUGUGGAAUAUCCGUUUUUUUGGCCCAUCCUCUUCACUUAUAAGAUAACCCCCGUACUUGUCCGAUAUCGCUUCAAACGUUUGUGGUAAUAUACAUGCGUUUUGCUAUUAAAAACACUAAUAGCAUUCUUCAUUCUUGUAUGUGAUUUGUUAAAAAUUUAAGCUGCACAAAAUAAUGCUGGGAUUGGUUUAUUUUUAUAUAGCGCUGGCCAACGUGGGUGCUCCGAUUGCCGGGAGAUUAAUGUAUAGAUGGGAUAAAAGGCUGAAUGUAUAGAGUCUGGUCUAAUUUUCUUUUUUGAAAUCUUC